CUAUUGUAACAAAUUUAUACCCUAUCAUCAUAUAGGGAUUCAAAUUUAGGGAUUCAACCCUAUUGUAACAAAUUUAUACAAUUUAGAUGAAACAAAUUUAGAUUUUAGGGUUUAUUUAGGGAUUCAACCCUAUAUAACACAUAAGGAUUCAACCCUAUCAUCAUCUAUUCUCCAUAUAGAGAAAUCAUUUUAUACUUAUUUCAAACAUAUAAUAUUUUUGUUAAAAAAAAUUAAUAAUAAAAUUUAUUAAAAUUUAAAUUUUGUUUAUAACAUAAUUUCCCAUCAUUUUCAUGCAUUUUUCGUAAUUUAAAAAUAAAUUAAUAUAGAAUUGUACAUAAACCAAUAAGAAGGAAUGGUGGGGAUAGAUGACGUGCCUUCAUAGAAGCCGUAGGAUCUGAUUUUUUAAUCUUUCAAUCUCCGUCUUUCCAUCGGAGAUCUGUUCAUUCUCCUUCUGCGAUUACUCAAAUCUAGGUUUAGUUCCUUUUGCUGACGCCUCCUUUUCGAAAAUCGAAGGUUUCAGUCGAUUUCCCUCGAAGUUAUAUUGUUCUGAUAUGGAAAAAGCAUGGGUUUGGCUUCCAAGGGCUAGCCUCGAAUAUUUCGAAGGAGCAACAGGCUUUGUUACUGCAUCAGCGAGGAGGUUAGGAGAUCCGACAGAAAUAUUAUGUCCCUGUACUCACUGCAGAAACCUUUCCCAUCAAGUUUUAGACAAAGUAACGGAGCAUCUUGUGAUUAGGGGUAUGGAUAAGAAGUAUAUGAGGAGUUCUUGUUGGAGUCUUCAUGGUGAGAGAAGGUCUGAUAUGAAUGAUAGUGUCCCUCAAUCAGAAACAGAGGCUUAUGGUUUGCUAAGGACGGCUUAUUUUGAUAGUGGUGAACCUGAUGAACCGCCUUCUGAUGACACUGGAGGAGAGCCUGUACAUGGUGAACCUGAUGAAGACUCGGAGUUUAGGAAGAAGUUGAGAGAUGCUGAAACUCCAUUGUACUUGACAUGUAGCAAGCACACCAAAGUUUCUGCGAUCAUGGCCCUUUACCGCAUCAAAGUAAAGAGUGGAAUGUCAGAGGCUUACUUUGAUCAGCUACUGUCGGCAUUACAUGACAUGCUACCAGAAGGUAAUGUACUACCAAAGUCGACUGAUUCGAUUAAGAAGUUCUUGAAGAUUUUUGGGUUUGGCUACGAAAUGAUUCAUGCGUGCAAGAACGAUUGUAUUCUCUAUAGGAAGCAAUAUGAGGAGUUGGAAACCUGCCCAAGAUGUAGUGCUUCUAGAUGGGAAAUUGAUAAGCACAGUAAUGAAGAAAAGAAAGGAAUUCCUGCAAAGGUCCUACGGUAUUUUCCGAUCAAAGACAGAUUCAAGAGGAUGUUUAGAUCAGCAAGGAUGGCUGAGGAUUUGCGAUGGCAUGCCAACAAUGCCACUGAAGAUGGUAUAAUGCGACAUCCUGUUGACUCGUUAUCUUGGGCUCAAGUGAAUAAUAAGUGGCCAGAGUUUGCUAGUGAAGCAAGAAACCUUCGACUCGGCCUGUCAACAGAUGGUAUGAACCCUUUCUCUAUCCAGAACACAAAGUAUAGUACUUGGCCAGUGUUGUUAGUCAAUUACAACUUGCCACCAACUCUGUGUAUGAAGGCUGAGAACGUCAUGUUGACUAUGUUGAUCCCUGGACCGACGGCUCCGAGCAACAACAUUGAUGUUUAUCUAGAGCCACUGGUUGAAGACUUACAAGAAUUGUGGAGUGAGGGGAUUCAGGUAUACGACUCAUUCCUGAAAGAGAAGUUCACACUAAAAGCUAUGUUGUUGUGGACUAUAAGCGACUACCCGGCUCUAGGUAGUUUGGCAGGUUGUAAAGUUAAAGGGAAACAAGCAUGCAAUGUUUGUGGAAAGGAUACACCAAAUAGGUGGCUCAAGUUUAGUCGCAAGUAUGUGUAUUUGGGGAAUAGGAAGCGACUAAGCCCUGGACAUCACUACAGACGCAGGAAAGGAUGGUUUGAUAAUACAGUGGAGAAGGGGACUGCAAACAGGAUUCAAACCGGUGCAGAAAUAUUUGCAACACUAAAGAACUUCAGGAAUGACUUUGGAAGAUCUUUAGCAAAGAAAAAAAAAAGGAAGAGAAAUGUUGUCUCAGAAGAUGAGGUGGCUGAAGACGAAGAUGAAGAAAAUGAUGAAACGAGUGAUCAAUGGAGGUGGAAGAAACGAUCAAUAUUCUUCGAUUUACCGUACUGGAAGGAUUUGCCGGUGCGUCACAACAUCGACGUCAUGCACGUGGAAAAGAACUUGUCUGAUGCAUUAUUAUCAACGCUGAUGCAGAGUGCUAAGUCAAAAGAUGGCCUCAAAGCGAGACAGGACUUAGAAGAUAUUGGAAUCCGGAAAAACUUGCACACACAGGUACGGGGAAAGAGAUUCUACUUGCCUCCAGCAACUUAUUGGCUCAGUAAGGAAGAGAAAAAGAUAUUUUGUCAAAGGUUGUCUGCGUUUAGAGGCCCUGACGGCUACUGCGGUAAUAUUGCAAAUGUUGUUUCAAUUAACCCUCCUAUGAUUGGAAGUCUUAAAUCCCAUGAUCAUCAUGUACUAAUCCAAAAUCUGUUACCUGCUGCGUUACGAGGGUUGCUUCCAAGAGGACCAAGAGUGGCAGUAACUCGAGUAUGUAACUACUUCAACAGAUUGUGUCAGCGUGCUAUUGACGCGGAGAAGCUGAUAACUUUGGAAAAUGAGUUUGUGGAGACAAUGUGCCAACUCGAGCGGUUCUUUCCUCCAUCGCUCUUCGAUAUCAUGUUCCACCUUCCUUUACACCUAGCAAGAGAGGCACGUUUGGGAGGUCCUGUGCACUUUCGUUGGAUGUAUCCGUUUGAGAGAUACAUGAAAACACUCAAGGCAUAUGUAAAGAAUUUUGCUAGGCCAGAAGCAUGUAUGGCUGAGGGGUACUUAGCUGGAGAAUGCAUAGCCUUUGUUUAGAGUUCCUAAAGAAUUCUGUACCCGUUGAAGAAGUACUUAACCGUAAUGAAGAUAUUCAGUCUGAUGGAAUGGUUCUUGAAGGUCGACCACUGCAAAAGGGAACAGAGCUUAUUCUUUCAGAGAAAGAUAGAGACAUAGCACAUCGAUAUGUUUUGAUGAAUAUGGCUAUUAUGGAUCCCUAUGUUGAGAAGCACUUACAAGAACUGCAAGAUAAUGAUGUUCGAUUAGCAACAAAUGAAACUUUGUUAUGGAAGCAUCACACCCAACAAUUUGCUGAAUGGGUGAAGAAUAAGAUACCUUCUAACUCAAAGGAGCAUUCUACGAAGCUGAGGUGGUUGGCCUUUGGACCAAGGUUUACUGCUCAUACCAAUAAAGGUUUUGUCAUUAACGGGAACCGAUUUCACAUACAAUCCGUUAAGCGAAAGACUCAGAAUAGUGGAGUCACUUACGAAGCUUUCAGCAUGUGUAGAUCUUCUGCAAGAGAUACAAGACAUACAGCCGAUAUGGUCACAUAUUAUGGAGUGAUAACAGAGAUCAUUCUUCUCGAUUACCACAUGUUCAGCGUUCCUUUAUUCAAGUGUAAUUGGGCGAACAGAGGCUACGGUGUUAAGGAAGAAGAUGGUUUCACCCUUGUCAAUCUUCAUGUCAACCAAACGCCAUAUUUACAAGAUCCAUACAUUCUACCAUCACAAGCAAAACAGGUAUUUUACUCUAGAGAAGAUGAAGAAUCGCCUUGGUAUGUUGUUAUGAGAGCACCACCGAGAGGAUAUCAUGAACUCGAGACAGAGGAAGACGUUGUCGGAGCACCAUUACUCGCACAGGAAUUUGAUGAUACAGAGCAAUUGUCUGAUGAUGAAAGUUUUUGUGUUAGAGAUGAUUGUGAUGGAAUUAUAGUUGCUGAUUGAUUUUUUUUGCAUGGAAAAUUUGUGAGAAUUGAAUAUAUUUUUUAUUUUCGAAUA